GAGUUGCUAUUCGUUCAGUUCUUAUCAUUGAUACUAUUGUUUGUCAUAAUAUUCAUCACAAUUAUCGGCAAUAUAUUUGUGAUAACAGCCGUUACGGCAACACCCAAACUGCAGAUCAGAUUCAAUUACCUGAUCCUAUCGCUCAGCAUCGCUGACCUAAUGGUGGGCGCGCUGUCAAUGCCGGUGUUUGCUUAUCACGAAAUGGUACACCUGAACGACUGGCGUAUGGGGUACUCCAUGUGUCACAUCCAUAACUUUGUUACGUACGUCCUGUCUAUCGCCUUAUUCUACCACAUCUUCUUCAUAGCCAUCGAUAGGUAUGUCUCGGUCUCGAGAGUUGACUACUCGCGUAACCGGAGCCUAAGGCCGGUGUGGGUUAUGAUCGGUAUUUUGUGGACAUUAGCGGUUGCCAAAGGUAUGGGCCGAUUGGUCGGUCAUAUGGGAAGCGAUAUGAUAUAUGUGGAGAGUAUGGACGCACACCUAUGUCUGUGGUCAGAUGACCCGGAUUAUUGGGCCGUUGGCACAGUCAUCAUAGCAAUGAUACUGUUCGUGAUCAUUUAUUCGUUAUACCCUAAAAUAUUGUGCAUUACCCGCACUCAUAAAUCACGGGAAUUUCGCAACAAAACCCAAACUAAUGCCAAUCGUAGUAUAGCUGGGAUUCAACAACAAAAGUCAACCGAUCGGGCGCUAAGUCGAGAGUUUCAAGUGGCCAUCCGAUCGAUUAUAUUCACCAUGGUGUUUACACUUUGUUUAUUACCCUAUUGUUUCGUAUAUCUCACUAUUAAUAGGAAUCAAUUGGAUUACCAAUCGGUAGCUUUUAUUCAUCUAUUUAUUUGGUGUCUUUAUAUUAAUUCAAUGCUUAAUCCAAUAGUUUAUUCCCUGUUUAAUAGGGAUUUUCAGUUUGCAUUUAAACGUUUAAUGUUAAACAAGUCAGUGGUAAACCUGGUUAUCAUAUACGGCACAAUACAUAUGGUAAACGCCAGGGUAACCAUUACGGACCGUUUGGCCACCAGAAAUUCGCGGGUCAGCGCCCGAUCUAUCUGCACGCCCUGUGCCACUGACACCGUCCACGAAAUGCCAAUCAUUAUCAGCGCCGGCCUUAAGCCCCGGUUCUGCGAGUACUCGACCCACGAGAUCGUUAAAUAUCUAUCAAUGGCUAUGAAAAAGAUGUGGAGGAAUGAAGCGGUGCCGCAGACA